GCUGUUUGCUAAAUUCCUCCACACGUCGCAAUUGGCUGAGGCCGCCGGCUUUUCUACGUUUGUGUACGUUUGUGCUAUGGCUGUGUUUGAAUGUGACGGAGGAUCUCUCCAGCCAUCCACAAGUCGCUCGAACUAAACCAGGAAUGUACUCGUUUUUAAGAAGGAGACUGUGAGCAUAACAAGGGGGCAGUGACAGGAUUUUUCCAGGACUUUCUGGGAUUGUGGAGUAAGAGCGUGUUUUUGACACGAUGACAGAAGUGGUCAGUCCAGCUUCAAUAAUGGAGUCUGAGAUGAUGUUCCAGCCAGAGUCCGAUCAAGUGUCACCACUUGAACCCAAGUCUCCACCUCUGGACCUGAUCGACACAGGGAAGGGGCUGAAGGUGCAGACAGCUACACCUCAUCUGGUGAGCCUGGGCAGCGGGAGGCUGAGUGUGGCGAUCACCCUGCUGCCCCUAAAAGAAGGAGUGACCCGAAUAGGCCGAGAAGAUGCCCCAGUCCCUCAAGACAUCACUGUCCAGGGGCCUGGCAUUGAGGCAGAGCACUGUCUCAUUUAUAACGAAGGAGGGGUUGUUACCCUGGACCCCUGUGGUCACCUCUGCAGUCUGGAUGGAGUCCAGGUCACUGUGCCUACACCUCUGACACAAGGUUACUCACUGUGUCUGGGUAAAUCCUAUUUUUUCCGGUUCAACCAUCCUGAGGAGGCCAGCAGAAUGAAGAGCAUGCUUCCCCAAAAGAGCCCUGUGUCUGCCUUAGCUUACAACACAGACUACUUGAAGUUCAGCAGUGACUAUGGCCAUGCAGUGGUGGGUGGCACCGGCAGUGCUCGAGGCAUGCGUUCAGCCUCCGAACUCCGAGACUUAAUGGACACCCUGCAACGCAAGAAGAUUGCCCUGGAGAACAGCCUGAGAGCCAACGGGAAUGCUAACCCCUCCUACUUCAGUGUGACACAGUCUCCCCCCACCACACCCAUCACAAGUCCUGCCACAUCCUCCACAGCCUAUCAGGAUCAGGCAAGACGUUUCUAUGGCUCAGAUCGUCCUCCCAUGUCCAUGAAAUCUGCUCCCCCUGCUUCCCCUGGACGACGAUCAGACCCUUCUUCUCUGUCUUCUCGUCCCUCCAGUCGCAACCAAGACAACUAUGGCGUUAGCGAUAGCCGGCGACUACACAGCCAGGGGUCUUCUAAUUUACUGUCCACAUGGAACGGUGGAGGUUCUUCUAUUUCUGUGGAUGGUAGCAACACCCUCCUCCUUACUCUCCCUCCCUCCUCCACACGCACUACAUCAUCAGGAGGUGCAGUCAGCAUGCCCUCGAGCCCACGCCUUGGCCGUCGUAGCUUUGGCAACCAGGAGCCGUUGCCCAGCAGUCGAACCAGGAAGUACUCAGCAGGUUCACUGAGUAGUUUGAUGGGUGGAGGGCACAGCCGCUCGCUGCCACGCCUCUGCCCCUCUCCAUCUCCUCGUGACAAUAACAACGGAGUUCUGACUCUGUCAACUUUGCCCCCACGGCGAUCAGAUGUAGCUGGGGGUUACAAGUACAGCAAAGACCAUUACAACAACCAGAACGUCAAUACUGACCUCAACCACAACACAAGCAACUUCACCCAGAUUUCCUCCAACAGGAAUCAAAUUCAAGGUGAAGGAGUUGUGUCCAUCUCCCUCUCUUCUCCGAAGAACUUGCCUUCCACUACUCCCUCCAUCCCUACACCAACACCUCCUGAUGUGACCAUCCCAUCCAAAGCAGGGGGUUCCUCUUCCCCUCGAGUGGCCAAAAAACUCAGUCUUACCUCCACUAGCUCUGUGGGCUCAAUCAGUUCCUCGAAUUCAAACCCAACAGACCUGUCAAAUCGUGGCGUCUCAGCAGUAACGGAUGCUUAUUUGGGGGAAAGAGAGAGGAGAGGGGUGGGUAGUGAUCUAAGUGGCACCUCUGGGUUUGGACUUGGUGAGAGGAGGUCUUCGUUUGGAAAGGCAGGUCUGGAACCUGGGAUGGGGCUUGGGGAGAGGAGGCAGUCAUUCGGAAAGGCCGGAGUGACCCCACCUGGGGGUUUCAGGGAAAGACGGGGAAGUAUCAGCUCGCUGAGUGGGAAAGAGGAGCUGACAGACUACCACCAGAGGCAAAAAGAGGAGAGACUCCGUGAGCAAGAAGUGGAGAGACUGGAGCGACAGCGGCUCGAGACCAUCCUGUCUCUGUGUACAGAGUUGGGCCGGUCUGAUAGAGAUGGAGGUGGCUCAGCUACAGAUCCCACCUUGGCAGUAGCAGAUCUCCAAAAGAUCAACCAGGAGCUUGAGAAGCUUCAAGUAAAUGAUGACGAUGACGACGCACCAUCCGUCUUUUCUGAUUCUUCAGCCUUUAAUGGAACGACAGGGAAUGGACACAUGACCUCCCCUGGAUUAGAGAAUGGUUUCUAUCAUGAUGAUCUACAGGUACGACGGAGACGAAGCAGUGGACAGCAAGAAAACAGAGCAGAAUCUCCUGCAGUCAGUCUGCGAAGCUUCGGCCCUUCUCCUUCUCCACGGGCACAGAGGAACAAUGAGGCUGAUGAAGUGGCUCGCUACCGCAGACCUCCAGAGGAAGAGGUGAGGCGUGUGGAGGAGGAGAGGAUCCAGGUGCUGAACAACAUGGAGGAGGUGGAGCAAAAGAUCAAAGAGCUAGACAACCAAAUAGAGGAAUCUGCACGAGAGGUGGAGGUUGAGCGAGCUCUGGUGGAGGCUGAGAUGGAGUCAGAAGCAGCUGCUCUCCAGCAGGAAAAAGAUGCUCUAGAGACACUUCACAGCAAGAUGACUGACCUAGAGAAAAAGUCCCAGCAGGAGAAGGAAAAGGCGUGCGAGUUGCUGCAGGCAGAAAGGGGCAGAGUAGAAAGGUUGGCUCAGAUUGUGUGUGAGCAACGCUCCCAGCUGGACAGCUGCCCUGAGGCCACCAAGGAGCCCCUGCAGGAGCAGUUGGCCAGGGACUGUGAAGUGCUAGAGACUGAGACAAAGCGUUUUGAGGAUCUAGAGUUCCAGCAACUGGAAAAUGAGAGCAGGCAGGAUGAAGAGAAGGAGACACAAACACAACAACUCCUGCGUGAGAUUGCUGACUACCAGAGAAGCACCGUCACUCGCAAGGAGAGACUUUUAACACUAAAGAAGCAGACAGUACAGAUUACCCAACAGGCUCAGCGAGAGAAGGAGAGCUUCAUGAAGGAGAGGAGCAACCUUGAAGCAAUGCUGCAAAGGGAGAAAGAAAACCUCACUGCACUUGAAAGAAAAUAUGCUGACCUCACUGGAGGCCGUGGUUUCACUCUGAGGGAGGGCUAUGUCACAGUCAGUGAAAUCAAUGAGCUUUACUCACAGCUUGGGGGGGAACUUAAACCCGUCCCUGCCUCUGCCUCAGCGAAUGCCUCACCUGAGUCCACUGCAAACCCCUCCCUUGAUGGCGACACCCCCAAACCACCAGAGGAUGAGCAAUUCCGUUUGUUGGAGGAGAGGAAGAGGUCAGAAUCAGGAUCCCAUCUGAGUGACACUUUACCCAGGAAGAGAAGCACUCCUACUAUGAUGUCCCAAUUCACGUGUGCAACACUGGGACGCAGCUUCCCCAACAAGCCCCAUCAGCCUCUGGUGCAGAGCACAAGUUGCGGCAGUAUUCUUCCAAGAAUUCUCUCCUUAUCCAGCAAAGAAACUGAAUCUCGACGGCUGCACAAAGGUCAGUCCAGCUCUCGAGCAGCUUCCCAGACCAACGUGUAUCUUGAUGCCUUUGGGUUUCGUGACAACCAGGCUUUUGACACCAUGAGUGUUGACAGCACGGACUCCAUUGAAACAAGCAUCUCUGCCUGCUCUCCUGACAAUGUCUCCAGUGCCAGUACUUCCAAUAUGGCCAAGCUAGAGGAGAUGGAGCGCCUGCUGAGAGAGGCCCAGGCAGAGAAGAAGAGCCUCCUCGAACACAAGGAACGAGAGAUGGACAUACGAAAGCAGGCACUGGAGGAGGAGAGGAAAAGAAGGGAGGAACUGGAGAAAAGGCUACAAGAAGAGACGAGCAGACGGCAGAAACUGAUCGACCGAGAGGUGAAACUACGAGAAAAACAGAGGGCACAGUCCCGGCCGUUGACACGUUACCUGCCGGUGAGAAAGGACGACUUUGACCUGCGUGCUCACAUCGAGUCUGCGGGCCACAGCACGGACACAUGCUUCCAUUUAUCCAUUUCGGAAAAGACCUGCCGGGGAUACUUGGUCAAAAUGGGUGGAAAGAUUAAAACUUGGAAGAAACGCUGGUUUGUGUUUGACCGUAACAGACGCACGCUCUCAUACUUUGCAGACAAGCAUGAAGCCAAGCUGAAAGGAGUGAUCUACUUCCAAGCAAUAGAAGAAGUGUAUUAUGAUCAUUUGAAGAAUGCACAUAAGAGCCCAAACCCGUCCCUGACUUUCAGCGUAAAGACUCAUGACAGAGUCUACUACAUGGUUGCUCCCUCUCCAGAGGCCAUGAGGAUCUGGAUGGAUGUAAUCGUCACAGGUGCUGAGGGGUACACCCAGUUCAUGGUGUAGGAAAGGGAUCAUCUGCACCAUCCUGCCGUAUCUCUUAUUGACUUUAAAGACUUUUCUGCUCCUUAUUUAUCAUUGGACUGUAGGCAGAUAUUUUGGUCACAUAUGCUGGAGAGUUUUUGUUGUAUAAAAAGGUGCCUAAAAAGAGUUCUCACUCUUGGGGUUUCCAUGUUUAAUGGUAGGCAGAUACAAACAAUACACAACGCACCAUGAUGCACAGCCGUGCCUUGGAGUUCAGGAGCCUGUUGCAGCAGCAAUAAGCAGGUUCUGUCUGUUUAAACUCGUCUACAUCUGAACUCAUAGCUGGUGCAUGUUGAAGUAGCAUUAUCUACAAAUAAAAUUAUUGCCUGCCCUUUUGUUAAGAAAAACAACAGUGCCCCAUCUUAUAGAAGGAUUGGCUCAAAUGUUUUAAAAACUUAAUGAUCUAUACUUAGCUCUCGCAUUAGUGAAUGAUUUGACCAGUUUAGAAAUAUCAAGUGCCACUGAAACUCUGAACCUUUUUACCCAAGAAAAAGAGCUAAAAUUAUAAACUGAUUUCUACAAUUGUAGACUAUUUUAUGUUCUUUUUUUAAAAAUAAUGUUUAUAUGAUGUCUUGUUUUGAUGACAAAUAAUGCAGAUUAGUUACAUUAGUAACAUUAGUGUUAUUUUCUUUCUUUUUUUUUUUUUGCAUAAUUUUGGUAUAAUGUCAUGUAUGAUUUUUGUGGCAUUCUCAGGUCUUAACUGUAUGCAUCAACAUGCAUGCAUGCUUACAAUGAGCAUGUGCGACUUCAUACACAUGCUAAAAAGUGCCUGUUGUUGUGUGCUCACUCUGUGUACACAUCUAUUUACUGUGAGCUUUAAAAGUAGCUCCAAGGUGCUAUUCUUACAUGUCAAUUGACACUAAUAACCCUGAACACACCCUCAAGUAAAAGCAUUUCAAAUAGAGUGUAAUUUUGCUCUCAGCUCAGUGGUUAUCAGCUAUGUAGUCUGAGUUUACAGUAGCUUUACCAGACUCUGAAAUUAGGCUUAAACAGCUGUCAUUACACGGUUACUGCAGGUGUGUUUUUAAUAUACAAACAAGAGAAAUUGUGACUUUUACAUAAUUUCAGCUUUUUAUAUUUGUACAUUUUGUUUUAAAGUUGUAGUUAGUUUUUAGACCGUAAUGUUUAUUAUCUAGUAUCAACUCAAGACUCUUGCUUGUGCCUUUAUCAUGUUUUAUGACAGUAUUUUUACAUUAAUAUUACCAGUUUUAAGAGCUACAUGCAUUUAUAACCUAACUGCCAAGCUAUCUGUGGAGGAAACACAAAUGUAGAGAGAUGGUAUGAGUUUUUAUACAAGAAAGUAGGAUUCGUUUGUCUUGAAAGUAAGAAAGAAGUCUAUGGUACACACGUUCAGUUACAACUGGUUUGUAUUUUGCAUCAACAUCCAUGCUGGGUAACUGGGAACCAAGUUGGCUACACUAACAGCAACAGUUUUCUGGUGGUGAAGGCUGACUCCUACCAGUAAGCAAAAAAAGUUGCUUAUAUACAUCUCUCCAGCCUUAGUGAUCCUUUUUUAUGAUGAUGGUGAUCACAUAAUGUCACUUUUUAAAAUCCCAUCCAUCCACAAUCUUAGGAAGUUUGUAGGCUGAGUGUUUAAGACACAGUAACUUGCUUUAAUAGGGAGAGACAUCGAACUUUGACAAGCCAGCACAUCCUUGUCCUGUGAGUUUUGUUUAUAUGAAAAAAAAAAAGUUUUUGUCAGCUCUGUAUGAACUGUAAAUUAAUUAUUAGGAUCAGAUCAACCUUCUCUGAGGGCAUACUUCAAAAAGAACCCCUUGAAUUUUGCAGAUUUUAACAAAAUUGAUAUCAAUCUUCUUUUCUCACUUAAAAAAAUUGUGCUAAGAUUCAUGCCUCUACAAGUGUUUCAAGACUCUUAAAAAACUACUUCCUGUUUCAUGGUGAACAAAAACAAACUGCCAUGAGUACAUUUAUUUGAUUUGACUUGAGCUUUGUGAAAAGGUGCCAACAAACAAUGACCACAACUUUCAUUUUUCAUGUUCACAUUACAUGCAGUUUUGAGAGACGAUGAUCAAUCUCUGCUAAGGUAAUUUGCAGUAGGCAACUGCUUUUAAUUUUGUGGGAAACAUAUUACCUUUGUGAGGUUUUUACAUUCAAAGCUGCAGAUUUGCAUUACCAUUGUGGUUUAUUGUGUUUGUGGGAAGUUUUACAUUUGCAGGUGUUACAUAGUGACUAUAUAAGAGUUGAAAAAAGGGGGAAAAUGGUCAACAAAUUCACUUGGGAGACCCAUCUAAGUAUUGCAAAUGUGUGGGAAACACUUGUAGGUAUGUCAUGUGCAAUAAAACUGCUGACAAUAACAAUGAAAAUAGGCAGAUUUGCAACAAACCAGGUGGCUAACAAUGUCUCUUAAAUAAAUUUCCCCCCUCAUUUUGUCAUGAACAUGCUUCUAAGUAAGCUAGUAUACUAAUUAGUAGAUAAAACUUUUGGUUGCUGGCUAAUUUGAGAUGACAACUCAAGUCAGGUGGCAAGAGAGGCUUUCUAGCAAACUACUGCAGGUUCCAUCUGUUAAUUGGGUGGUCUUUUUUAAUAUGUCCAAGUAUGCGUUGGGUCUGUGAGACCAAACCAGUCUGAAAGAAGGCCUCCCAAACCACCGCCAUUCGUUAUCAGUCCACAUUGAAGCACGUUUCUGCCUAGCAUUAAGGAUUACCUUUUGGUACCCGAAUAUCCAGCAUGGCUUUUAAUGCCAGAUAUAAACAGGAUCUUGGAGGCCUUUAGUCAUCAUAACUGACUGUUAAUAGUGCUGCUCUGGUCCACGAGCUUCCAGUACAUUGCUUUUAUUACCACUAAAUCAGCGCUAGCUAUUCCACGUUGAACACUAAGGCUGCUUUUUAUCAUAUUCCGUUGAUCAGUGAUUUUUAUUAUUUUGCCUUUUUCAUUGUAUUCGUUCUGCUUUAUUGACCAAAGUUCCUGUUGAUGUUAUUAAAUGUGUAUGUGGUUUCUUUGCUUUGACUUCUCUUGGAUCACUACAAUAAGAUAAAGAGGAUCUGUUGUUUUAAGAUAAGUACAUGGUUGUUUAUCACCAACGAAAAGAGCUGUUACAGAGGAAGCGUCCAUGAACUCUGUUUUUCUUUGAACAAAUAUUUUCUUAUGUUGAUUCUACUGUAUUUAUGCCAUAACCAGUGCAUGUAUCUUAAUUUUAUAUUCCCAUAAGAAUAAUUAAAAUGAUAUAUUUUACCUUUUAUAUAA